UGCACGCGGCUAUCCGGAGCCCAUUGUGAACUGGCGCCGCGAGGAUGGCAGCGAAAUCGUGCUGAAGGACAAUGCAGGCACCAAGACUCUGGUCUCCUCGUUCCGCGGCGAGGUGCUGAAGCUGACGAAGAUCUCACGCAACGAGAUGGGCUCCUAUCUGUGCAUCGCCUCCAAUGGAGUGCCCCCAUCGGUUUCCAAGCGCAUCUCGCUUAGCAUACACUUUCAUCCAGUCAUACAAGUGCCGAAUCAAUUAGUCGGAGCACCGCUUGGCACUGAUGUUCAAAUCGAGUGUCACGUUGAGGCCUCGCCCAAAUCAAUUAACUACUGGAUUAAGGAUACCGGUGAAAUGAUUGUCUCGUCGGGCAAAUACCAUGUGCAGGAGCACUCGCAGUCGAUGUACGAAACGAAAAUGUCAAUGAUUGUGCGAAAAUUUCAGAAGGACGAUGUCGGCUCGUACCGCUGCAUUGCGAAAAACUCACUGGGCGAAGUUGACAGCAGCAUCCGGCUAUACGAAAUCCCGGGACCGAAUCGUAAAAAUCCUUCAAAUAGCAAAGGAAACGGAGGCGCUGGCAGCGCUGCCGGCAACGCCGCCGACACGGAUGCCAAUGACAUUUUAAAACUGAAACAACAAGUCAAAGUCACCUACCAGCCGGAGGACGACGAGCUCUACGGCUCGGCCGAGGAUUUCGAGGAUGGCGAAUUCGCCGGGUCGCCGCCGUUAUCGCCGCACCAUUACUACACCAGCGGCAAUAAGCCACCGACACAUAAGCCCGGCGGCAGCGGUGGCGGCCAUCAGCAUCAGCAUCAGCACCACCAUCACCCGCAGCAGACAGCGACCGGUGGUGGUGGUGGUGGUGGUGGCGGUGCUGGUGGCGGUGGCGCCAGCUCCAUUGAGCUGGCAUUCGGCAGUGGCCAACUGAACGGCGCUGGCAACACACGUAAGCCGACCUAUUACGGCGGCAGCGGUGUCGCUGGGGGCGUUGGCGGCGCCACGGGCAACACGGAAGUGCGCGGCCCCAUGGACAACAACGAGCGCAGCACCGCUGGCGCACCACAUCGCGCCUUCAGCCCAACCAGCCAUCGGCUCCACUCGCACUCCUAUCGUCAAUGGCUGUGGCUCUUCCACUGUCGACAGCCGCUCUUAAUGGGUUUGUCCGGCUUAGUUGCGGCGCUCAGACUGUUAUAAUACAUGGUGGCAGCCGUGCACUAGAGGAGGACACACACACACACAGAGAGAGACGCACACACACACACACACACUCAGACAGAGUAGGUUUUUUUUUUCGAGGGAAUUAAACAUACAAAGCAUUAAACUGCGUUUCUUGUAUAAGAACAAGAUGCUUGCUUAGAGUAAGUGCAUAUCCACACACACACACACACACACAGAUAUAUGUAUAUGUUGAUGGGCCUUUUUCAGUUUGCAUCGCUACGGCCCAAUGGCACUAGCUGAUUACGGCAGCCCAAUCAAAGAUUCAAUAAUUAUAAUCAAAACUCUACCCAAAAGGCAUCAAGUGUUGCACAAUGCAAAAAACUUUAAGGCUACAAGUUUUUCCA